AUGAGAAUGACCAAGGCGGAAGGCCAGCCAGACGUCUCUCAGGCCGAAUGUCACGAUCCCCAAGAUGUCCACGCUCUCGGUGUCGCCGCCCCGGAUGGCCCCUUCGAAUUGCCAGAGAAGGCCGUCGAGGUUCCCGUGGCAGGGACACCUUCAUCACACAACUCGAUACCGUUGAUGGAUUUGGAGAGAGACAUUGUCGGCUGGGAUGCGGUGGACGAUCCUGCUAACCCCAAGAAUUGGAAACGGAAGAAAAGGGGCUUCUUGAUGGUCCAGGUGGCCACCAUGGCGACUAUCAGUCCCAUGGCUUCCUCACUAUGCGCUCCGAGUAUAGAAAGUACAAUGAAAGACCUACACGAGUCGUCUCGAGUGCUCGGAUCGCUCAUGAUCACCAUCUACGUCCUCGGGUACGCUGUAGGCCCCCUGUUCCUGGCACCUCUCUCGGAAAUCUACGGUCGAUAUCCUGUGGUCAUGAUAUCUUCCUGGAUGCUUGUGGCAUGGCUCUUGGGAUGUGGUUUCGCGCCCGACAUGGCGAGUCUCAUCGUCAUGCGUUUCCUGGCUGGACUGGGCGGAUCGGCCAUCAUCACCAUCUCGCCGGCCGUGGUGGGCGAUCUCUAUCCCGUGGAGAGACGAGCUUUUGGCUCGGCCAUCAUUGCCGGGAGCCAAUCUCUUGGUCCUAUCGUGGGACCAAUUUGCGGAGGGUUCAUCACCGAGUAUCUCACCUGGCGAUGGGCAUACUGGAUCCUGGUGCUUUGUGCCGGAUCUACCUCGGCAGUCCUCACCCUCUUCAUGCGCGAAUCCAACGCUGUCGUCCUCCUGGAGCGAAAGGUCCGAAAGCUGAGGAAGACGCUGGGUCGACCGGAGCUGGUGUCGGCUGUUCAACACCGCAUGAGCGCACACGAGCUGUUGAAACUCCUGGUCAAAUCCCCGAUUGUCCUGUUCAUUAGCAUCUAUGUUGCCACUGCCUAUGGCUUGUUAUACCUCAUGUUCACCACCCUUCCGACUGUAUUUCAAGAAUCUUAUGGCUGGUCCCUUCAGCUCACCGGCCUCUCUUAUCUUGGACUGUACACAGUUGGUUUUGGAACAUUUGCGGCAUUGUUUGCUCUGAUCAAGUACAACGACGCACAAGUCGUGAAGCUCAUGAAGGAAAACAACGGCGUGUUUGAACCUGAAAUGCGACUCUCCACGACAACGUAUUGUGGGAUCAUGCUGCCGAUAUCUCUGAUCUGGUAUGGCUGGGUAACAGACAAACGGGUCCACUGGUUCUCGGCCAUUGCUGGCACCGUGCCCUUCGGCAUUGGCAUGUUCGGCAUCUUCCUCCCCUUCCAGACCUACAUGGUCGACGCCUUCCCCAUGCAUGCGGCCUCUGCCAUUGCCGCCCCGACCGUCAUGCGCUCGCUCUUUGCAGCUUUCUUGCCCCUGGCGGCGCCACCGCUCUACCAGAACCUAGGCUUGGGCUGGGGGAAUACCCUGUUAGGGUUCGUGGCCCUGGCCAUGGUUCCCAUUCCAUUGGCGUUUUACAGGUAG